AAUUGAAUUAUCGUUGAUUUCCGGGGUGGACGGCACAAAACGCCACCGAUAGCCCCACCGUCCUUACUCCUCGGUUCUUUUACCCAACUCCGCCGGCGAAGACAGGGCCUGCGUCGCGCCCCAUAGUCACUCAGUAAAAGUUCUUCUGUAUUGUCUCGUCUCGUCGAGUGGGGGCCGACAAACACCGAUUUCUUGAUUCUGAAUUCCGAUUUCAACCUAAAUGGGAGCCUUUGAAUUGCAACUUCGGUGUCCACAAAAUAUCAAUGGCAUUGCUGCUGAUCCGCAACCGGAUUGGAGUUUCGACAACUUAUUACAUGAACUUGACUCGAUAGAACAAAGGCAAAAUGUAAAUAUAGAAUAUCCUGGACGUUUUGCCAAAACACAGCCUAGCAGAAAAUUGAGAGCUUUGAAGGACAACUAUACUUGCAAAAGGAGCUUUGUGAUGCAUGUGUCAGACCAAGAAAGUGACUCAAGUGAUGCUGAUAGUGAAGAGGAGUCUGAUACUUCAUCCGGAAUUUCUGGAAAAAGAUUUGCUUGUGACGAACUCUACUUGAGUGAUGCUUCUGAAGAUGAGCAUUUUGGGGUUCAAUCUACUCCUCUGAUGGAUAAAAUGGGGUUAGCAGAGUGUGCGCUCCAUGAACUCACACAAGAAUUUCAUCUAACCCUAUCGGAUGAAGUGAGAUUCAAUAUAUCAUCUUUGGAGUCAGAGCUGGUCAAUGAAGAUGAGAAAUUUGUCUCAAUGAUAUCUAAAUCGGUCAAAGACAGAGAACAUCAACAAGAAAGGGAUAGACAAUUUGAUUUGCAGUAUCAACGCACAAUUGCCCAAGCACUUGAUAAUCACCUUACGGAGUUACAGAGGGACCAUGAGCUCAUCUACCAACUUGAAGAAAAAAGAAUUAGAGAUGAUGCAGCUCGUGAGGAGGCUAGAAGGAAGGAGAAGGCACUUCAGGAAGAAAGAAUGCAGCAAGAAAGGAUCAGAGCAGAAGAGGAGGCCAGACUGAAAGCUGAAAAGGCUGAGAGGGCUAAAGCAGCAGCAAUAGAGGCUGAGAAACGAGCUGCCGAAGAAGCUGCUUCCAAACGUGCAAAUGAGACUCUAAAAGAUACUGCAGCCAAUGCGUUGGGAGAUUCUAAGGGAAAUCUGAGGCCAUCUUCCAAUUCUACCUCUGAUGUCAAGAAAGAAGUUCAAUCUUCAGCAAGAAAUGUAAUCAAAGCCUCAAAGAAUGCUCUUGAAAUGGAAAAGAGACGGAGGCAAGUAUAUGAUGAAAUGAUCGCAAAAACUGAGGCUAUUAAAGCAAGUGGCAAUCAGAACUAUCACAAGCAUGGACUGAGUAUAGGAAGACAGAUUAGAACGAUCUCAGCUACUAUGGAAAAUAUCAGAACAAAAGCAGAAGACUUGGUGAAUCUCAUUAAUAGUCCAGGGUGUCCCCAACCUAUUAGUAUCCAAUUAUUUGUGGAAAAGAUAGUUUCCAACUGCACAAAUCAAAGGGGGUUGAGUGCCAUAUAUGCUGUAGCUCGAGUGAUUGUUCUUGUGACAUCUAAGAUCCCUGUGGCCAUGGAUGUUCUCAUAGCUGAGUUGAAUAAAAUUUGCAUUUACACAGUUCCGAAGCACAUAAUUUACUCCGAGGAUGUCUUUAAGAGCAAGGAUGCUUAUUUUAAAGCCAUUGGCUACCGCGAAAAUGGGAAUAUUGAAAGCACUGAUGAUUAUGUAGAUAGGUUGGGUAGUUAUAUGCGACUAUACGGAGCUCUGGUGCAGACCGAGGUUGGGCCCUUCCAAAAUCUACAUGGACUCGGAGAAGGCUGGGCAUGGCUUGCAAGAUUCUUGAAUGCUCUCCCAGCUAACCUCUACACUGCAGUUGCACUGCAGUCAUUUCUCGAGAUGGCUGGAUUUGCAUUGUACAGAAAAUACAGAAACCAAUUCAAGAAGCUGCUGAGCAUUAUCGAUCGUGAUUUUCUGAGUGCAUUAAAAGAAGGCGGGAGUACCAAAAUAAACAAGGUCAAAAUGUCUAUUAGAAACUACAUCGAAUCAAACGAAUACCAGAGGGAACCCGAGGAAUCAAAGCUACGGGAUCAUUUGGAAUCCCACCAGUUUUGCUAAUGAGCGGAUGAACUGGAGGUACACAAGUUUGUGUAGAAUAGGCUGUCGAAAUACUUCCAAGGCAAUGCGCAAGAGGUCAGUAACCGAAUCCCUUGUCGCGUGAGUAUGAAUUGGUGAAUUGUGCAAUUGAAUACAUAGGAAUAUUGUGCGAUAGUUGUUGGAUGUGAUAUAUAUUUCGGUGGCACGGCCCCCUAUUUUAUAGUAUUAUAUGUUAGAAAUUUAUAUUGAAAUUAAUUUUAUUUUAUUAUUUAUUUUUUUGUUGAGUAGGAA